UGUCAGAGGAUUGCGCCGCUGCAGGAACCGGCUCUGCCCGAGCUACCCCGAGUCGUAGAAAAUUACGUAAGUAGGGGGCGGGGUCGACCGAGGGGGCCCCCUGAGGUACAAGAAAUCCCCUCCGGCUCGCCUACUUCCUCGGACUUCUCACCAAUCAGGAGGCUCCUCCCCAGCACUGACCAAUUGCGGGAGAAAAGUUUUCUCUCUGUUACAAGUAUGGAAUUUCAUUCAUAUCCAGCUUCGCGCCGAAAGCGGGAGCAGAGGUAUAGCGGCAGAAUGGGCCGGUACAGUUAUUCCACGACUGCUGUACAUCGGACGCAUUGCUUCGGACGCAUUGCUUCGGACUCUUAUUUUACGUUCUCCAAGCAACUCCUUAAGGCAACCGUCUCGGAAAGGCGACCGUGACGAUAGGAUUAAGCUUCCACCACUUAGAGGUAUGCAAAGAAGCCUUUCCACCCAGAUGUCCUUAGAGAUAAUAUGGAUGAGUCCAGAGUUCUCCUCUGGGUAAAAGCAGAACCCUUCAUAGUGGGUGCCUUGCAGGUCCCCCCUCCAUCCAAAUUUAGUCUUCACUAUCUCAGGAAGAUUUCCACCUACGUGCAAAUCCGGGCCACAGAAAAAGCUUACCCACGCCUCUACUGGUCUACAUGGAGGCAUAUUGCUUGUGGGAAGCUGCAGUUGGCCAAGGACCUGGCGUGGCUUUACUUCGAAAUCUUUGAUAGUCUUUCAGCGAAGGCACCUGAGGAGCGCCUGGAAUGGUCUGAGGUUCUGUCUAACUGCACAUCUGAGGAGGAAGUUGAAAAGCAGAGAAAUCAGCUUUCAGUGGACACCCUACAGUUUCUGCUCUUCUUAUACAUUCAGCAGUUGAACAAGGUCUCCCUAAGGACAUCUUUGAUUGGAGAAGAGUGGCCCAGUUCAAAAAACAGAUCUCAGUCUCCUGACCUCACUGAAAAAUCUAAUUGUCUUAAUAAGAACUGGAAUGAUUACAGUCACCAAGCUUUUGUCUGUGAUCAUCUGUCUGAUUUCCUCGAGCUGCUUUUAGAUCCAGAACAACUCACUGCAUCAUUUCAUUCAACCCACAGUAGUCUAGUGUCUCGAGAAGCUGUUGUGGCACUCAGCUUCCUCAUUGAAGGUACAAUAAGUAGAGCCACGAAAAUCUAUCCACUUCAUGAACUUGCACUGUGGCAGCCACUGCAUGCAGAUAGUGGCUUCUCAAAGAGCUCUAAGACUUUCUCUUUCUACAAGCUGGAAACCUGGUUGAGGUCCUGCUUGACUGGGAAUCCAUUUGGUACAUCAGCUUGCCUCAAGUCUGGAAAGAAGUUGGCUUGGGCUCAUCAAGUUGAAGGAACGACCAAAAGAGCUAAGAUUGCUUGUAAUACUCAUGUGGCCCCUAGGAUGCACCGCAUGGUGGUGAUGAGCCAGGUUUACAAGCAGACGGUGGCUAAGAGCUCAGAUACUCUAGUGGGGGCACAUGUAAAGAUUCAUCGUUGCAACGAAUCUUUUAUAUAUCUGCUCUCUCCCUUACGAUCUGUGACAAUUGAGAAGUGUAGGAGUAGCAUCUUUGUCUUGGGCCCUGUAGCGACUACGCUUCACCUCCACAGUUGUGACAAUGUUAAAGUCAUUGCUGUUUGCCAUCGUUUAUCCAUCUCUUCUACAACAGAGUGCAUCUUUCACAUUCUGACGCCUACACGCCCACUUAUUCUCUCUGGGAACCAGACAGUAACUUUUGCCCCUUUUCAUACCCAUUACCCAAUGCUAGAGGACCAUAUGGCCAGGACUGGCCUUGCUACAGUGCCUAACUAUUGGGAUAAUCCAAUGGUCGUGUGCAGAGAGAACAGUGACACAAGUGUCUUCCGACUUUUACCACCUUGUGAAUUCUAUGUAUUUAUUAUUCCCUUUGAAAUGGAAGGGGACACAACAGAGAUACCUGGGGGUCUUCCAUCUGCAUAUCAGAAAGCACUGGGUCAAAGAGAACAGAAGAUACAGAUCUGGCAGAAAACUGUGAAGGAGGCUCAUUUGACAAAGGAUCAAAGGAAGCAAUUCCAGGUACUGGUAGAGAACAAGUUUUAUGAAUGGUUGAUUCAUACAGGACAUCGCCAGCAGCUGGAUAGCCUUGUACCCCCUGCAGCAGGCUCCAAACAAGCAGCUGGAUAAGGAUCUUACAUGUAGACACUGGGCCCUGGAAAUACAAGGAUAAAUGGAGGAUGGUGCUCAUCUUGAAACUAAACUGGGAAGGUGCUCUUGCUGCUUAAGAGACAAUGGAACUUUUCUGUCCUAUUUAAGAACUCUGGUUUCCAUUCGGUAUUCAUUUAUUACUGUGUAGGCCUAAUUUUACCUAAACUUCUGACUUUAAUAUAAACAUAUUGUUUAUAGAACAUCAGAAGACUCAUCUUUGUGAUGCCCAAAUGAAAAAGUUGAUGAAGGAACAUUAUAUGUUAAUAUUAAAGCAACUGAGUGUAGAUUUGCAACAAUACUGUUUAUCUUCAUUUGUGUGAUGAAAGAAUUUUAUUCUUUCUAGAGUUAAAUAAGAGUUUUAUAGUUCUUUGUAACUAUUUAAAAGGAAAUUGCUACUCCUUUUAAAAAAUAAUUGGAAGGAAAGUGUAAUUUGUUGGCAUAUAGAUACAGCAGAAAUAGUUUUAUACUAUAUUUUAGUCCUUAAAGUAUGGAACAUAAUGAAAUUGUGUAAAAAAAAAAAAUCUUUAUUUUUAAAUUUUCAAUAAACAAACUCUAAAGAA